GGAGGACCGGAGGAGGGACGCGUUUCUAGGAAAACCAGACCACAUCUCUAUUCCGAUCUCAUUUCGAAAAAGCUCACAUUGACGAGCACGGCUGGGCUGUUUUUUCACGUCCCGUGCUGUAUUUAAAUGGGAAAGUGUUUUCUUUUUUUCUGGAUGCACACUGAGAGGAUUGCGGCAUUGAAAGCAUCCUGAGUGAUCGGAGCUCAGCAGCAGCAUCACAUUGCAUGAAAUGCGUCACCGUGAUCCAGUUUUCCCAUUUACAAAUAUCGAGUCUGCGCUCACGGACUGUUCCCCGCACUGACCAGUCUGCAGGUAACCACAUGCGCGGGCCAGUGUCUCCACGCUGAGCCCGGAGAGCACGAAGGGUACUGGGGGUCAGAGUGACAAGCGUGGCCGGGAUAGGUGGACCAAAUGACGGCCAGAACCUCCGAGGCCUCGGGGCUGUCGGUGCCGCUGCACCGCUGUCACGGGGCUGCCAACAACGGCACCUGCGCGGAGCAGCUCAGCCUCUUCCCUCCGUUCUCCUCCACCCUCGCGCUCCUCGUGCUGGUGGCCGUGCUCGUGGGGAUCAUCCUCGUUUCCCUGGCAACGUUCCACUUCCACAAGAGGAAGCUCCGGAAUAGGAAGAUCCAGCGCGCGCAGGAGGAAUACGAGCGCGACAGUCGCAGCCCCGCGCGCGCCGUCGAGCCCGCGAGGCCGUGCGUCAUCGUCCGACCUGUGAGAUGCGAGGAGAAGCUCUCGUGCCAGGGCGCGGAGAGCGGGGACGUCAACGACAAGGAGGCGGUGGAGGAGAAAGAGGCGACGCACGAGACAGCUCCUCUUGACUGUUAAACUUGGUGCAACUUCAGGGAAUGAGACUGUGGAAUAAACAGGAUAAGCAAUAAGGCACAAAGAACUCCCACACCCAUGUCUGCUGCUUGUAGAUGACUUAGAAACCGUAGGAAAAAAUCAGAGUAUUUAGCAGAAUAGGCCUAGAGGAAACACUAGUAGGCUUCUCUAGAGGCACAUAGGUUAGCUAUGUGGCCUUAGUUUCUAAUCCACUAGUAUUUAGCAACCGGUAAUUCCUUAAAAACUGUAUAAAGUACUUGCCUGCUUUGACUUUUGGACCUCUUCCUCUCUUCCCCAGCAUUGUUUAAACCUCAAAGAUGUUUAAACUUUAAAUCCUCCCUGGGAUGUGACACAUGGUUGUGUUAAAUUAUUAAGAGUUGGUGACACAACACAGUCCUUAAUGGCUCGCUGAUCUUCCUUGGCAUGUCCUAUGACACACUACCACUAUGUAGUUAGACUAUACUGGAUGUUGUGGUGCUGUUAGGCAGUGCAAUGCUGCAUAUAGGCUGUAGAAAUGGCUUAUUUGUAUGCGUAGUAUUUCUUUCCUUGAAUUAAGUGACUUAGCAUAUUUGCAUAAGGUACAGUCCUCCAAUGUCUGUUAGACAUCUGUAGGUAGCUCUAGUUAGCCUGACAGGAUGCAAGACUUUUUGCUGUAGUUAUGCACAUGAGAUUUGUUUCUUUACUGUGACAGAUAGUGAAUCUUAGCGCUAAUAGAGUAUUUUCAUUUUUCAGUAUUUAUAAUGUAUCUUCUGACAUGUAAUAACUUGAGAAUCCUUCUAGCAGAGGGUGAUAGUUCAAGCCAGUCUUAUUUUUGAUCCUUCAUAUUGUAUCAUAGUGGGCCUAAAAGAAAUUAUGUGUCAUUUAUUAUAUGAAAUCACUGUAAAUGUAUGCCAUUAUACCAGAGCUGGAAUGUUUUACAGUAAUGUCAUCUUUCUGGAGUUCAUAUAACCUGCCUUA